CUCCAAAUGCGUAUUCUUUGCCUCCGCCUUCAACGCAAAGUGAUAUUGUCACAGCUCCAAAGUACACAAUGGCUGGUCGUCAAGAUGGAUUCAUUAUUACGAAAAAUCCUGGACCAGCAGAUUAUUCCGUCGGCUCCCCUGAUGUCUAUAUGACAGGUGCACCAAAAUAUACAAUGGGAGUUGCAAUACCAGAUAGGAAAUAUGCCGACUAUCCUGGACCACUGACUUAUCGUCCUGAAAGUUGCCAGUCACAUUUACCAAAUAUACCGAAAUUCACAAUGGGAAUAAAGCAUAGUCCGUACAAAGGUGAAUUCGCUAUUAAAUACAAUGAUGAGUUCUAAGUCGGAGUACCUGCUCUAAUCUAACGCAGAAAGCGAAUUUUCAACUGAAAAUGUUUUCAGGUGAAAACAAGAAAGGCAAGAAAACGAUCAUGUUCUUCUCAAAAGCCCCAUCUUUAUUAGUUUUCAUUUUUUGUUAUCAAUCUUAAUUCUUUUAAAAGAUGUCUUUUGGUUUUUA